AUGACUUCAUCUAGGAUUCCGCGGAUGCGUGUGUGCGAGGAGGAUUCCUGUGGUCUCGGUUUCUCCUAUAAAAAAACUGUAAUGCCAUAUUCGAGCUUGACACCGAAUGAUGAGGAGCAACAUCGGAGUGAAUUGAUGGAUGAUAUGAACUGGGGACAUAAAGGCAUAAAGAUCAAAGGGAGGCCAGGGAAAAACUUGAAGAACAAAGAUACACUGCAAUCAGGGGAUAUAUGGUCCGAGUUCUUUGUUAGGAGAAUUGACGGGGACCCCUCCACAUUUGCUGCUGCUAACUUGACACCAUUUCCGCCUCCUUUGGAAGGAGCUUAA